UCUAGUUCACCGAAACACUCCACUCUCCACGUUUGGCACAUUGCGGUUAGGCGAAACUCUUAAAAUUCUCGUGCAUAAUAUCCUAAGAAAAGCGACAAACCCGCGUCAUAAAUUCUCCAGUUCUCUCAUCGCCAAUCACUCCCCCAAAUUACCCAAAAUUCGCGGCAAAUAAAUCCCCAAAAGACGUGUGAAAAAAAAUAAUACAGUGACAGCAUAGAUUAACCAGUGAGUAGUUGGGCAAGUGGAGUAUACCGGACAGUCAGUCACACGAAAAACGCAUGACGUAAUUGUAUUGAUCGGCGUUAGGGAAACCUCGAGGUGGGAAUAAGGAGUGGUGGGGGAAAAUACAGAAGGUGGCUCAACGAAAGUCGCGCAUUCGCCAAGCCAUUCGCCAUCUUGGACGAGGAAAUUUUAGUGGUGUGAUUAUUGUAAAGGAUAUAAUUUCAUCGGAACGAGGGAUUGAGAGAGUUUAUUCUGUGACCGAGGGAUAUUUGUUUUGUGUUAUUGUAAUUCCUGGCGGAUCGGGUUAUUAAGUUUUUUUUUUUAUUUGGAUUGAAAUCCGUUUGUCAAAUAGUAACCCAUUUGGACGGACCAAGACAAAGGGUUCGUUCGUUGGGUCUGAGUCGUACUAAAUGGUUGCCUGCAGACAGCAUGUCUACUCUGUCGGGGAUUGUGUCGAAGGGGGAGAAAGGAAAAUCAAAGUUUCAAUCUCUAGAUAUCAAUAGCUUGUACCGGGUCAGCAGGGGAGAAUCUUUGGAGCAGCACCAGCAGAAAAGCACAUUACCACGCAAACAUGGAAUGCAGAGUUUGGGAAAGGUGCCUUCGGCACGGCGUCCACCCGCUAACUUGCCUAGUUUAAAAAGUGAAUACAGCAGCAGUGAUCCAGCUGUCAGUCUUGUACCCAGCGGUGGAAGCGGUUGGGCAACUACUAAGGAACCAGCAUCAUCAACUACUACUACCUCUACCAACUCUACAUCAGCCCAAUCAUCCGACAAUUUAACCAGCAAUUCUUCACCUACACAAUGUGUGGCUGCAACAACUCCCGCAUCGACACCAUCGCAAGAGCCGUCACUGCCAGGCCAACAGCAGAAUACAUCUCAGUCUCCACAUCCAUCAGAAAUAGGAGGAAAAUCAUCAUGGAGUGCAAUUAUGACGAGACCCGGAGAGUUCGGAGGUGCGUCGGCUGGCCAACAGCAGCAACAGUCGCAACAAAAUCGGGAGCUGAACGCACAGUACGGCCCUGGUCCGAGCCUACGUCCACAAACAGAAGGAAGCUGGAUCCAGGGUGGAAGUCGCACCCCCGGCUCUACCGUAUCCCCUGCUACUGGAAAUGGAAGUACACCAGUGGCCCAGGUCCCCCAGAUAGGCAGUAUAGCUGGAAUAACCGGUGUACCCCUGCAGUCAUCCCACCAAGACGUAUCACCUGGUAUUCGUGCCAACUUGGGCCAAUCUCCGGUCACGGUAUCGGCCCAGGCAGGCCAAAACCAAUCGACAACAUCCCAAAAUCAGUCCACCCAGUCUGGACAAAAUCUCCAUCACUACCGUGGCCUGAUACCCCAAUUUAUGUGCCGUGGAAAUUUUCCACCCGGUGGUUUUCCCUCACAAUUUCCAUCUAACGUUAGUACCAGUGGGCCACGUCCACGCUUCAAUAAUAAUUCCAAUGAACGGCCAAGUGGCCAGAUGGGCCCACGCCCUGGUGAACGUGAUCGUUCACAGCACGAGGAGGAGAUGAUGAGUCGUCCGAUAAUAAAGGAGGAGGAUCUCACCAGAAUGGAUGACAUAUCGCACGAGCCAGGUUGGGCGGCGCACGACGACAUCGAUUACAAUCAGAAAUUGGCAUUCAGCGAUGAUGAGCCUGACACAGAGGCCCCACACCCCAAGAAGGAGGAUAGAAAAGAAGCCAGAAAAGACGAGAUUAAGGAGGAAAAACCAGUGACUGACACUGGUGGCUCGUCACUUAACGACGACAAGGACUCACCGAGGCCCAGGGACAAUCGCGAUCCCAAGGACAAUCGCGACAUGUCCCAUAGACCCUGGCAGCAGCCCCAGCAACGCAACGACUACCGUUCAUCAUCGAACGGCCCCAACAUGCCGGCAAUGAGGGACAACUACAGCUCAAGCUCGCAGCCACGUUCCCAUUCUCUGCGAGGUGUCGAGGAGGAGGAGAUAUGGAACCAGAGGCGCAAGGAGCAGGGGGAGAAGGUGGCGUCAGCGGUUGAGCGCGCACGCCAGCGCAAGGAGGAGGAGGAGAAGCGUUUCCAGGAGCAGACGAAACAGGCGGCUGCCAAGAAGCUCCAGGACCUCGAGAACAAGAUCAAGCAGAACAAAGCGAAAAUCGAGGACGAUCCACCAGUUGCUGAGCCCAAGGGGCUGAUAACAGUCCCACCAGUUGCAAUUCCAGUUCCCGAGUGGGAGAGAGAGCGUGAGAAUCGCGAACGGGAGAGCAGAGAGCGCUCACGCACGUCGUCAGAGGGGAAGGAGGAGAAGCCCAUGGGGCGUGACAUCAGGGAGGAUUUCACGAGGGGGAAUUUCAUGAGGCAGGACAUCACGAGGGCCGACAGGGAGCGAGAACGCGACAGGGAUCAGCGUGAGCAGAGGGACAACAGGGAUCGCGAUCAGCCAGCAUUUUCACGACAAUUCCAGAGUAAUUUGCCACCUCGCUUUCAGAAGCAGCAGGCGGAGAGGGGAUCGUCUGGCUACAACAGAGUUUCACCACCGAGUGCUGACAGAACUCUCUCGUCACCGAAUGUCACGAAUGUGCCGUUCUCCCAGCAGUACGAUCCUGGCAGGUGGUCGUCCUCGGGUAAUAUCAAGUCCCACAUGGGCCUGGGACAGCGGAGAAAUCGCGCUGACUCUGAUCACGGCUUGUCGAGCCCCCUGGAGGAGGAGCCAAGACCUCCCUCGAGGGAUCAUGUGCCCCACACAAGCCACAGCUCCCACGGAAGACGUGACGAUCGCUUCAGACCGCAGAUGCAUCAUCUCUUUGACUCGAGAAAGUCUGGUUAUCACGACGAUUAUCGUGGAUACAAGAAUGAUCACGAGGAGAGACAUGGACGUGAAUUCUGGGAGCGCGACAGGGAUCGUAUUUACGAGGAGAAGAUGAGGGAGGUGAGACCGAGGGACUCGAGGGAUUUUCGAGAGAGGGAUUCGGAGGUUCGCGAUGUGAGGGAGAAGGAUCGCCCUCGGGACAAGGAUUACGAGAAGCCGAGGGACUUUGAGGGCUCGAAGGAGUACGAUUGGAAGUCACAGGGGACUGAGGACGAUCGCGAGAGGUCUGAGACCAGCGAUUGGUCGACGGAGGCGCGGAGGAGUGACGAGAGGAUAGAUCGUCGUGAGAGGGACGAGAGAAUCGAGAGGAGUGAGAGACCACAGCGCCCGGACUCCAGGGACUCUCGUGCCUCGAGAGAAUCGAGGACAUCACAGCGCGAUGAUGAGCACAAGUCGACGUCGUGGGCCCACGAGAUGUCGGAUUACGAGGAGAAGAGGUGGGAGAGGGAGGAGUACAGAGAGCGCGAGAGGGACAGGCGUGCGCCACCAGGGCCGAUUACCAGGGAGAAGCUGCAGGCGGACGAUUUGAAGGUGGAGAAGCGUCAGCUGACGCAGCUGAAGAGGCUCGAUCAUCAGGAGAAGAAGGAGAGCCCCAAGGAGGAAGUCAAGAAGGAUAAAGAGCCAGAUGUCUGGGGGAGAAAGCUGGAGAGAACUCCUGAGGCGGCCAGGGGUGGUGAGCGUGAGGGGCUCAACUGCGCCUGGGCCGACGCUGUCUCCCCCACGUUUGAGAAGAACGAUGAGAAAAUAGCGGACACUCUCAAGGACGAUAAGGAGCCAGAGGAGGAGCUUAAGGAGAGCAUGGAUAAGCUGGCUAUCGAUAAACGAGAGGAGUUGGACUCGCACAAGGAGGAGGCGAAGGACGACAAGCGUGAGAAGAACGUUCGCAACAGGACGAACAGUGGCAGUGGCUCGAGCUCGAGGGGACGAGAGACCAGGGGUGGCCGGACCUGGGGGGGUUACAACAUGUACUCGAGGUGGAGGGGGCCAGAGUCUCGUGGAAGACGUGGCACUGGCUCCAGAUCGAUGGGACGUCCUGGCUCGGCCAAGAGUGGAUCCUACGGGGCACACACUGACUCCGACAUCAGUGGGGAUGAGAUUUCGGGGUCUGUCGAGUCGGGAAAGGAGGACAGGAGAUCCACUGGCCCCAGUAAAACUGCUGAUGCGCAGAAAUCUGAUAAGGACGAGCGCAACAGAGAGGUGACCAGAAGGGAGGACAAACGAAGUGGGGAUUAUGGUAAUGUUCAGGUACGUUCAGGCAGUGACAAACGUCCGAGCUAUGAGUCACGUCCUCGUGAGGGUUUUGCCCCCUCUGGGGAGCCCUCACGACGUGGCAGAGGGGGUGCUAGGGUCAGGGGGUCAACUCUCGGCGCCAGAAUGGAGGGCUAUGGUCCACCACCCAGCAAAAGCCCUUUCUCAUCAGACAGAAAUAAUGAUGAUAAACAGACACCACCACCAGCACAACAGAACACUUCAACUGACAAUGACAACAGCAAUCACAAUUCAUCGGAGUCAGCUGAUGAUAAAAUUAUUGCUAAACAGCAGGCACUCACUGCUGGCAUCACUGGAAUGCCUGGGAGGCGAGCCAAAUCCCCGAAUCAUCAGUCGAAUAAUCAGGCCAAUGCCAGUUCGGGGGUUAAGAGCCAGAAGAAGGACGACAAGAGGACGAGGAGUGGCAGCAGGAGGCGAAGGGAGAACAGGGAUAGAAUUCGUUCGUCUGCUGUAAAGCAGAAUUCGUCAGAUGUGGGGAAUGAGGAGUGGGAGACGACGUCUGAGAACAGUGAGGAGCAUGGGGACGAGCACAAGGAGUCGAGGGGACACAAGCCCUUUCCUGGGCGUCAGGGUCAGGGACAGUCAGGGCAACAAUCCAGGCGAAAUGAGCAGAUGAAUAACAGGGACAAGUCAAUGAAUAAACCGUCGAGUGCUGGUCGUUCAGCACCUGGACAGGUUGACAAGCGUCCACAGGGGAUGAGUGCUUUUCCCAAUCAGAGGAAUCACUUUCCCAUGAGUAUGCAACCGCAGGGGGCCAUGCAGCCACCGAACAAUCAGAAUGGGAGACCGAGGAGUCAGGGAUCGGCCAACAGUCAGCACUCGUCGUCGUCGAAAAGUGGAAAGGAAACAACUGUCAAUCGAGUCGAUGAGAUCAAGCUCAAUGAUGCUAAUUUGGUUGAUCAGGUGUUGAAGGACAUUGGGUGGAAGGGACAGGGAAAGGAGAAGAAGCAGGUUGAUAUUGAUGGUGAUAUUAAUAGCUAUUUGUCGCCGUCAGGGGGUGACGACGGUGGUAGCAACAGCACUGAGGACAUGAAGCUCGAUACCGAUGGGUUUCAGGAGGUCAGAUCUAAGAAGAAUCUGAAGGAUCCAUCGAGACAUGGACAGAAGGACGAGGCCAAACCACCGAGGAGAGAGAAGGACAAGGACAAGGAGCGAGAUCGUUCAAAGUCCAAGUCCAAUGGACAGCCAACCACUCAACAAGUCCAGAAUAUUCCUCCACUCCUUGGCCAGCCCAUUCCCCAGCCUGCCAACAUGCCGCCCAAGGCUUUCGACAGGAAUCCCAGUCGUCAGAAGCUGGCUCCCAGGUUUCAGAAGCAGAAACUCGCUAGGCAACAGGCACAACAGCAGGGACACCCUCAGGAGGGGGGCAAUGGUGAGAGUAAGAUAAAUAAUUCUGCUGGCCACGUCAAGGACUCCACUGGUGCAGCAGCUCCACCCUCUGUCAACGCCUGGGACAAGCCCUUCACCAGUCAGAUGAGGGCAAACUCCCCUAAUUCAAAUGUUCCAGCUGAUAUUCAAUUGAUGUCAGGGCUGACUGGAUCCAGUGAGCACUCUCACGAGGGCAAUGACCAGGUGAACAGCAGUGGCAGCAGCCAGAGAAACUCCCCAAGUGGUGAUAAGGCUCAGGGGAAGGGGAUGAAGGAGACGAUUGCUGAUAAAAAUGUGUCAGACACUUCGUCCCCACCCGUUCAAACUCUCAUCUUUGAAAAUACAAAUUACUCGAAGACCACUAAAACCUCGGACAUGGCUAUCAAGUCGAAAUUCUCGAAUCACAUGAAGCACAGUGGAUCUCAGCAACGUGUUGAUAAGAGAGAAAUCGAGGAGGAGGGCAGUCAACUUCAGCAACAGCAGCAGGCACUGGCUGUUGCUUUUGCAAAUAAAUUGAAUGAACCACUUAAGGAGAAAAACUCCCAGGAUCCCAUACAGAUGCCACUGUCCUUCAAUAAAACUGAGGACAAUGCUGAUAUGAAGCUGGACUUCACUUUUGAUGCUGAUCUGUCACAGUUGACUGAUGACAAGAGCAAAGGCUCACUGGGGAUGCCCAGGUCCAUGCACAUGACCGGUGGACACAGCACAAUAUCCCCUUCUACUGCUGAACUCAAUCUCAAAAUUGCUUCGGUUAAAAAAGUCUGGGAGAAUGCACCGAUGCCAACUGUCGUUGAACACGAGGAUGGCAGUGUUGUGUCCAAUGCCAACAGCUUUCCCCAGAGCUUUGAGACGACAGACGUUGAUGAUUCGUACAGUCCACAUCAGCAGUACAAUCAGACGAGCAUGAAGAAUGAAAUAACAACGUCAACCAAUGUUUGCAAGCUGGUUCCCCCGCAGGUGAAGCCGCAGCAGCAAUCAUCUGGGGGCGGUGGGGCGCAGGCUAAUUCGACAGUACCAGGGCCCAAUCCCAUUGGACCUGGACAGAGCCCCAUUGGCCAUCCACCAGCCAGCAUUCAGGCACCACUCAGUCCACCUCCUUUCAACUCUACUGGGCAGCCUUCGCACAUGAAUUAUCAGGAAUUUCCACAGUAUCCGGGCUCCCAAGCAGCUCAAUAUGGCAGCAUGUCAGCAAUUCCAUCACCACCAGCAGUUCUAUUCAACACUGGCUCAGGACAAUUGCCAGCCCAAGCUGGUGGCCUCUACGGUGCAUUCCAAUUGGAUCAGAGUCGAUCGCCAUUCACUCAGUAUCCACCCUAUGCUCCAUCACUUCAGAGUUCAUUCAAUCAGCAGAAUGUGUACUUACAGCAGGCACCACCACCACCGCAUGCCCAAAAUCCACCAGCACCUGAUAUGUAUCAGAGCAAUUUGUCACAGUAUCGUAUACCAGCUGCUGCUGCACCACCAUUUGGACAGAAUCAACAGCUCAGCAAUAAUCCUAAUACUGUUUUGAUCAGCUCAUCGUCUAAUUCACUCAUGUCAGCUAGUGUUAAACCGUCCUCACAGCCUAUCGGUGCUAUUGGCACUAAGGCACCACAUUUCCAGGCACAAUCUGCACCUCAGCCCAAUCAGUUGGCUUAUAUACCAUACGAUCCAAGUCAAGUACUCGGCGUAAGUGGAAACUACAUGGGUAAUUCCCAGCUAGUACAGCGUCAAGGACCAAGUGUACAACCAUCGGCAAAUAGCUAUUAUAGCGCCACGUCCGCCGGUAAAACUAAUAUCUCUCUGUAUGUAUUUCCAGGCUCGCAGACUGGUUUUUAUCAGCCAGGUGGUGCUGGCCAGCAAACUGGCACUCCAUAUGGUCUUCAGGGCUUUGGACAGCACAGCCAGAGCCUGGCAACACCUGGCAAUGCAACGCCUGUUGGCCUUCAGAAUUUUAGUUCACAAUUUUUAUCUGGAUCUGGACUCCAGAUAGCAGCUGCUGCUGCUGCCCAGCAAUUUCGUAAUCCCACUGGUGGGCUACCAGGACCAGCAAAUGCAGCAGCAACUUUUCUCAGCAAGCAUCAGCAGCAGGAGCAACCGAGACAGCUGAAGAGCCCCUCGGGCAAUCAGCAGGAUGUUCUUGCAUCAGUCUUCAGUUCGACUCCACAAAUACCGUCACCAAAAUCGAGAAAUUGUAAACAACAGUCCCAAUCACAACAGCCACAACCAAGCCCAACACAACACCAUAAAUAUCCACCUUACCAAGGGGUCAGUCAGUCUGCUAUGGUAAGCAGCUAUAGUAACUAUUUGAUGCAACAGAACGUUCGUGGAAUGGGAAUGCCACCAAGGGGUGGAAUUCAACCCUCUCAGCAGCGCUAUCCACCCCCAAUUCAGAGGCCUGUGGUGCCGUUUCCACCAGGACCUAAUCCAAAUAAUCCCAAUCAGCAGCAGCAGAAUUGCAUGCCUAAUCAGCAGCAGAAUCAGAUGAAUCGUCACAGACCUAAUAUUCAUCAGCAGCAGAGGAACAUGAAGAUGCAGCAGCAAUAUUAUUCUGGACAAGGUAACGUCAAAAUCGAUCAAACAGACAAGAAUGACUCCCACAACGACAAAAUAACCGAUCCAACGUCUGGUAAUCAGUCAGGCGGAUCGAAAGCGAGUGUAACACAGCAGGAAAUUGACACUAAAGAAGAGGUGAAUCAACAAACCGAUUAAAUAAUUCAAAAUAAUCAACGAUUUCAAUCCUGAUAAUGUCAACCGGUUAAACCACAAACACAAUGAACAAUGACUAGUUAAAAACAUUGAUUUUCGUUGCACACUAGCUCUGAACGAUUGAAAAAAAAUGUUCUAUGAAACUCUAGGUGAAGUAGUUUGAUGCAAAAAACGUUUGAAGCGUGCAACAUUUUUUUUUAAUUUUAAGUAAAUAUUUCGCCCUCUGUAGGUGUAGAAUUCACGUUUAAUGGGAGUAAUAAUGAGGGAAAGGCAAAUGAUAUGAAAUAUCGAUAUUCUCCCUGCUCGACUGAUAUAAAAGAAGGGGAAAAAAAUCAGUUAUACGAUUUUCAGGCGUUGAAGCACGUUAAAAUGCUCCUGAAAUCGUUAAUUCCAAUUCGAGAUUGAGAAUUCGAUUGAUAUAAAAAUAAAUAAACCACUGGACUACGACAUUUUGAUACAUGAGAAUUCGUGUCACACGAACACUGAUUUUUCCGCUCACUAGAGCAUUAAAAGUAAUGAAAAAAAAAAACCCUCGAAAAAAAAAUGGUAAA